AUGAAUGGUUGGCCAACGAAUGAAUUAGGAAGAAAUCCAACAAAUUGGACUGGAAUUUGGUAUGGAAUCAUCGAAACUUUUCCCAAAAAUGAACUCGGAUCAGGUUGGAAUGUGAAAUUAGAAAUUGGAAAUUAUCCAAUGAAAGAUUUCACUUGUACAAUUUGGAAAAGUAUUUUCACAGAAAACGAUUCCAUUAAAACUAUCAAAGAUUAUCAACUUUGUCGUGGAAAUCAUUUGAAUGAUUUGUAUAUCGAUGAAGGAAAUAAUGUUACAAUCAAAAUACAAUGGAUCAAUAAAAUGUUCAUAUCUUCAUUUAAAUAUAAAGGUGUUUUGGCCAUUUCAACAAUGAAAAUGUUUGAGAAUAUUCUUGAAGAAGAUAUUUUAAUUAUUGAUGAUUAUCCUGCGGAUGAAAAUCAUGUUACAUCUCUUCGAAUACAAAGUAUUCAUCGAAUGAAGAUGAAACGAAUGUUCAAUUGA